GCAAGACAGUUCGCGCCGCGCGUUUUAAACUGUAUUUACGUAACUGCCACAACAAACAAGCGCUCAAUGUGUUAAUUUUAAUUUAAUUUACUACUGUGAUACUUAAUUUUAGCGUAAAAUCUAGUGUGCCAAAAUUUUAAAGAUUUUGUGUAAAAUUAUUUGCUAAUGUCAUACCUAAUAGUGCCGUUGGUCUAAUCAGAAUCAACUGCGCGAAUAAUUUUAUUUAAAAAGUUCUUUCUCGUCUAAAUGAAGUGUUUUGUUAAUAAAUCAUAAUGUAGUUUAUAGUAUCGCAAAAAUAAACAGUUCAUAAUUGUGUGUGGAAUAUUUGUGUGUGCUGUGCCAAGAUCAGUGAGUGGGUGUGAGAGUUGUUAACGUUCUUUAAAUAAUCUGUGGAAUGGUGGCUAUGGUGGAGAUCGAAAGGACAAACAAUGAUUACUUCAGAUCUUUUCUACCUGCAGUCAACUCACCACCAGUGCCCCACCGAGAGGCGUCGGGGAUAUCCGCACCAUACCGUCCUCAGAACGAAGAAUAUGCCGCCGUUCAACGUCGUGUUGAGAGGCCAGUUCAAACAGAAGCCGAUCCUGAGCGCAAGAAGGAGAAGAAAUGGUCUCUAGGAAAACUCUUCCGAAGAAAGAAGAAAGAUGAAGAGAGCGAAUCAUCUUCAGAAAGCGACGAAGGGGUCAGCACCAAAUCUCCGUCGAAAAGAAAAUCCAAGAAAAAGAAGAAGACCCCGGCCGUCAAUAACUUCGACCACAUUGUCAUUAGGGACACGAGGCGAGCUCAGAGCUUGGCUAAACCAAAUAUGCGGGACAUGACUGAUGAUGGCGUCUUGUCAGACCCCUCGGCGGGCUUCAUAAACUACCGAGCCAAGCAACAGAAUAUGUACGGUGCAUCGAAAGAGUCACUCAGCUUACGAGACGAUAAUUCCAAUCGGUCAAUGAAAUCUGCACUCGACACUCCAUCUAGAAAGACUAGAAAAGGUCGCUUGAAAGCUCGAGUUGAAGCCCUUCGAAACAGUAUGCGAGGAGAAUCAAGCAGCGAUGAGGAAUCUUUGAAGUCGUCGAACUCCUCAUCUAUGGUUAGAUUCAGAAGCGAUGACUCCCUAAUGCGAUCUCGGGAUAGCUCCUUAAAUAAACGGACAAGGAGCGCCAGGAAUGAAAGAUACAUCAAGAGGCUAUCAAGAGAUGACGAAAACCAGCUUAAUAAGGAAGCCGAGUUAAUACAGCAAGGUUACACUAAGGCCGAGGUUGAAAUGUUGACAAGAACGCCCACCAGUCAAAGCAGCGGUUAUGGAACGUGCAAACGCGACCAAACUAACAAGAUCAAACAAGACCACCUUUACGCCAAUGACGUCAACCGCCGACCUAUGAAAUCCGAAUCUAUUUCAUCAUUCCCAUCGACUCAAAGUUACCCCUCAUCCAUUAAUUUUAAUGCUAAAGUUAACAACGAGCAUAUUAACUAUUCCAUUCAAUGCCCAAGUAACAUAACUAAGGAACCGCUUUACGCUAAUAACCGGGAAAGGAGUGUCAGUAAUCAGUAUGAGAGACCUGAAAAUGUAAUGUGCGUCAAAUUCCCCUUGGGAAACGUAACCAACAUCAAACGAGACGAGAGAGCACCACCAGUGCCACCUCCCCGGGAUAUGCAAAGGAAGGUUGCUACCCCUAUAUCGAUGUACUAUGAAAAUAACCCCAUAGUAGCAGAUAGGAUGGGCAGCAACCAGAACAUAGUUCACGGUGUACCUAACAACGACUUUGAGAGAAUAAUGAGACGAAGCCAAGAAAGAUCGAUGAGUCAAAGCUUUAACGGCUUGAGACGGCCGAUAUCGAACUCCGAAGAUCAUAUUGCUAUGCAAAACAACGAAUAUCUCCAAAACUUCCAGUAUAAGAGCGAACAGCCAAGGAGACCGGCGUCGGUGUCUGCAGAACCAAACCACUAUGGCAUCUACGCCAAUACUCCUCCUUGGAGGAAGAAAGUGGAGCACCCAAAUCUUGUCAAGCCAGAACCUGUACAGAUGCGGCAAGAUUACUUGUACUAUGCAGACCAAAGCCCUCGAUCAAGAAGGCCUAUCAGCAUCAAAAAUAGUCAAAAUAAUUACGAAACUCAAUAUCUGAGUGAUUCGCAAGCAUCUCUUAAUGUAGCCGAAAGUGUUUACCGUAGGCCAAGAAAUGCAUCUGAGUUUUGGAGAAAAAUUGAUGAUGCCGAAAGACAAAGGCGACAGCACAGUGUGUUUUCAAACUCUAGAAGUAACAGUGAGUAUUCUAGCAAUACUCCACCACAAAGACUGCAAUACUUAGAACAACAUAGAAGCAAUGGUGUUCGAAAUGACAACACUGAUAUUCAGAAUAAAAAUAAAAUUGACUUUAAAUCUCAGUCGUUAGAUACCACAGAUGGUGCUAAAGUAUGGAAAGCGACAACUGAAUACAAAAGGUCAAUUACUGUAGAACCACCCAAAACAGUAACAUCUCCUACUUCUAAGACUCAUGUUAGACAUAAAUCCGAUACAUUCGUUCAGAAUUCGUACCAGGUUCCAUCAGACGAUGAAAAAAGUUCAGAACGUAGAAAGUCUACAAAUCUUGAUGACGCUCUUAAUGAAUUGGAAGCCAUUUAUAAUAGCUUGGGUUUGGGAGAUGAAGAUUUACUUGACAGAGCUGAACGCCGCGAGCUAAUGACGCCCAAGUUUAACGACCAUUUCAAUGAUUGGAAUGGUAAUGACGAUGAAAUCCAACUGAGAAGUCAACCGACAACGCCUUUAAGACGUGUGCAAAGAAGAUCAACAUUGCCAGAUAAAUUACAAGAUGACAUGGCAUUCCGUAGAAUGAAUUCAUUAACGAAAGAAAAACCAAAUUAUAAAGACACACAAUCACAAAUUAGUUACAUGUUGGCAUCACCUGUUUAUGUGCCGUACGGUUCUGACGAUGAAAAACAUUCUGAAAGGAAUGAACCUGACAUAGUUCAUGACGAUGUAGUGUACAGAAAUAUCAAACAAACGAACAACAGGCUAAAAACUGUAGACCCUCAACCACCAUUUGGAAUACCCGUGGGGCCAGUCUCACCAGCGCCACAGAGUGACUACCUGCACGCUACACCUGAAAACAAAGGACGAUCUCGAUUUGUCCCUAGAAGGUCACCUGACAUCGUAUCAGACGACCUCGCUUAUAGAAGCUUAAGAAAAGAUAAUAGACAUUCAUCCCUGUUCAAUGGCGAAGAAUAUUUGAAUGGACAUGUUAAUAAUAAUCAUAGUUAUGGUGAAAAUCCUUUUACAAAAGAAUCAGCAGCCAGCCUCAAGAAAAAGAGGGCUGUGAGAUCGUUAUCGGCGAACAUAUUCACAAUGAUACAGAAAGAAAUAGAUGAUGCCCUCAACAUGAGUAAAGUGGCUACACUGCAGAAAACUCACAGUAAUAGCGAUGUAAUGAGACGCCUUCGUGAAACCUUCGAAAAUAACGACAAGGAUCCAGAUCAUUAUCCCCGCAACAAGGUAAAACAAAGACACAAUACUGUUAGUCUCUUUGUCAAUAACUCCCAUACUUCUGCACCUCAUUUCGCAAAAGACGAUUCAUUCAUUCACAAUGACGAUAAUUAUCUCGCUAAGCCUCCAUCUUGUGAUAAGUCCAAAAGCUCAUCACCAUCAAAUAGGUCACCACAAGCAUCAAAACGGUCAUCUAAAGAUGAAUUCCAGCAUGUUCUCAGUAUGCUCGCUCAAGAAGCUAUGGAUACUAGCAACAAAUUAGGAGUGGCGUUAGCUGAAUUAGAUAAAAAUAGAAAUAACGCUGAAAAGAAAUCAGACGUUCAAAGUCGAAUUUCUGACAGUAGACUUUCAUUCCUAAAUGGUCUGACUGGCAGAUCUGACAAUGAUCCUAUGCCUGAAGUUAAAGUAGUAAAUGUUCAUUCGGAGAUAUUCAAUGACCACAGGCCAGAUGUAAGUGAAAGAAACACGGAUGGAGAAUCCACGGCUAAAAAGACUGAAGACAGUCUGUUAGCUAUUUCAAAUCAGCUGCAUAAGGUGGAAGACCAAUUAAAACAUAGCUUUGAAAAAGAUCUUAAUGUUGAAGAUGAAAGCUUAAACCUUUCUAAUUAUGUAACAAAAACAGAAAACCAAUUAAAGGCUGAACAAACUACGGUUGCAAUCCCUGAAAAUAAGUUAGUACCAGAUAUAGUUCCUUUAAACGUGAAAAAUGAUUCCGUCAAAGUUGAAAAUGCCAGUGAAGUUGAAAAGAUACCUGAACCUCAAUUAAUUAAACCUGAAUACAAUUCAUUGAACCCGUUCCUAAAUACAGAUGACAAGUUGAAAGAAAUUAAUGAAAUUAAUGCAUUUAAGGAAUUGAAAGAUGGUAUUUCUGAUUUAAUAGCAGGCAUAACGCAAGUAAAUGAGAAAUUUUUUGUUCCUAAAACUCCGAAAGUAGAAACUGUUACCACUGAAAAUAAAAUGACUGGUAUCUCGGAAGCGAGUGAAAAACUAAACCAAGUAUCUGAAAAUAUUCGUAGACAAGAAGUACCGAAUCGGGCUUCUGUUAAUUUAUCGAUUUACGAAAACGAUUUAGAAAUUAAGAGAGAAAACGCUGAUUCGAAUGAGUACAACUCUUCAGAAGAGUUGGCGACUAUAUUUAAAUUGGACGGUGUAAGUCAGAGACGUGUAGAUAACGAGGAUGAGAAAGAGCCAGAAAAGGCUGUUCGAAGCGAUUUGAGCUCACCGAAACUCGUCCAAACAAUGAAUCAGCAACUGAGAAGACUCUCAGUGGACCAAACCAACGACACUCCUAGUCAAAGCAACUCACUGCCAACUAACGUAGUGCCGUGGAGGACCAAAAGGCAAAACCACGAUUCACAACAAGACUACAGAGGCAGUAGCGCGCAGUCGAAGCGCGAUUGGCACGACACUGGCACGUUGAUGCUAGCUUGCUCGUACACUUUGAUGAUCUCCCAACACUUGGCAGAGCUGGACUGGCUGACGCUACUGGGCUUGCUGCUCGCAAUUGUCACUAUUAUCGCUAUGCUAAUAAUCUAAUCUAACACGCCCUUUGUUGUCUAAAUUCAACAUCUAUUGCAAUCGCUGAAAUCUCUAAGGAAUGAUACGAAAGCGGUUUCUAUAUACAAAAAAAUAUUCGUCGAUAUCUUUAAAGUACCAGACAAUUUCGUCUUCAAAGGCAAAUUAAAAACAAUAAUUAAUAAAAUAAUUAUAGUUACGAUUAGUUAAGUAUACCUACCUAUUUCAAUUAUUUUGAUUGUGAUAGAUGUUGAAGAAAAGCUUCAGGACCUGUAUUUUGAAAUUGAUUGAAAACUUACGGCAUUUUGAAAAUUUGAAUUCAGAAAUUGGAUAAAAUAAUUUAGGAGCACUGAAUACGCGAUUUGAGAUUAAAUCGUCCAAAAAUACGAAUCCUGAUCGCAUUAAAUUUUAAUGCAUUAUUCAAAUAUUAAGACAGGUACUUCAACUUAAAGAGAGCUUUCAUUGUAAAUUACUUACAAUAAAAAAAAAAUAAGUUAGGUACUUAGUACUCAUUCUUUGCUACUUUCAAAUGUUUUUUCCUAAUACUAAUUAUUUCACUGAAAACUUGUUUUCAUUGAAAUAUGGCUAUCAUUAUUACGUAUAAAUAAAUACUUGUAGGUAAAUAUCUUUAUUUUUUUUAUUAUGAUAAAAACAACGAAAUAAAAGUUUAUAGGGACGACGAAUCAAUUUUUUUUAAAACAAUGAACUUUUUUUUACAUUUAUGUAUUAGUUACGUAAGUAUGUAAACCUAUAUUUCAUAAAUAUAUUUAUUAGUAAGAAACUGAAAAUUUUGGCCUAUGUUCAGCAUUGGACGUCCUGUGGCUGAAAUAAGAUUAUGUUUUUAUAAUUAUUACUAGCAACCAUUAUUUAGCAAGUUUUCGUUUUUACCUAGCUAGUUUAAAUUAGGUAUUUGAAAUUAUGAUGCUUUUAUUUUUAUUCAAUAGUUUAAGCACUUUUGGAAACCACUUCCAAUAACAUAAAAUCAUAAGUUUUUUAUCAACAUUAGCUAUCUAACUGUGAUGUUAUUUUUAUGUCCUUUUUAUUAUAAAAUAAGUUGCACAUACAUAAUUCUUAGUUUCUGUGCCAAAACAACGAUCAAAGGAUGUUUUAAAUGUAAAACUUUUGUAAACAAUACAAUGAAUGGCUUUUUAAGCAUGUAUUCGUGUGUUAAUUAUUUUACCGUUUGUUUAUUAUUGCAUGUUUUUUUGUAUUUUAUUAGAAGUUGUGUAUACCGAUAAUCAUAAGUUUACAUAAUCCGUUAACCCAUGUUAAUUAUUGAGGCAUAGUUUAUUUUUAUUACAUUUUACAUUACUUAGUAUAUCAGAAGAAAAGAUCAAUUUUAAUUAUACAGGGUGUUAGGUAAAUGGGUAUAUGAGCCGACACUAACCCAUGUUAACAUGGUCAUAUA